AUGGCCCAGCCCGCCGCCGGGAAGCCCACGGCGGGACUGCUUCAGAUCCCCGCCGCGGCCACCCAGAAAUCGGCCUCGCCUGCCCCGCCGAAGAAGGCGCCGAAGCCUCCCACGCCACGCCUGAAGCUCGUGAUCAGACGUUUGCCUCCGGGGCUGACCCAAUCCGAACUAGAGAGUGCUCUGGGAGACGAAUGGACGGUGGGGGGUGGAAAGGUGGACUGGCUCCAGUACAAGCCGGGCAAAGUGUCCAAAGAUCCCGCCAAACCAUCCCGUCCCGCCAGAGCAUACGUGCAUGUCGUGUCGAGCGACUGCAUUCCACCCUUCUCCGAAACGGUGCGCCGGACGUCCUUCCAGGAUGCUCGCCAAACAUCCCACGACCCUGUACUGCUUGGACCUCCCACAUUGGAGUUUGCACCCUACGCCAAGACUCCCGGGAGCCGCGUGCGCAAGGAUGCCCGCCAGGGCACGAUUGACCAAGACUCGGACUUCAUUGCGUUCCUGGAGAGUCUGACCCAGCCGAUCGCGAAAUCAGCUCCCAUGGACACCGUGGAUGGGGAAGAAAAGAAGAAAGAUACGGUGACAACUACGCCUCUGGUGCAAUUCAUCAAGGACAAGAAGGCAUCCAAGGGCAAAGAUGGUUCUGGGAAAUCCUCCAAGCGGGCCGACAAAGAAUCAAAACUGGAGAAGGUGCACGCGAAAAAGCUGUUACAACGUUCGGACAAGGACACGGCAUCUACAGCCCCAGAGAAGAAGGCUAAAGGCGAGAAGACGGCCAAGGAAGCUGGGAAAGCGGCCAAGCUGGCAGCCGCCGGCGGUGCGAAGUCCAGCAAGUCUGGUGCAACCGCGACAAAAGAAGGCGCCAGUGCAUCAGAGCGAAAGAGAGACCGUGGGAAUGUCGCUGCUGCCGCCAAGAUCCUCCAACGAGACUUGGGGCUUUCCCCAGCAGGGGCCCGGCGACGCGCCAAAGCUGAAUCCGAAUCCAGUCCAUCCGGAGACGGAUCGAAGCACGAUGCUCCUCCCAAGUCCAUCAAAGGCAGUUCUACAAAGGCCAAGGACGUAGGCUCGCCAUCCUCACGCGGAACACCCGAUACUGCCACGCCGAAUACAAGUACUCCUCCACCCACGAAACCUUCCAAAGCCGCCAAAAACAAGCCGGCCGCCAGUCCGACUCCCACCGCCACUCAGGCGUUCCUGAAACAUGCGAACCCGUCACAGGGAGUCACCGAGGCGCUGCUGGAGGAGGCCUUUAGCCCGUUUGGUGCCGUAUCGAAGGUGGAGAUUGACAAGAAGAAAGGAUUUGGGUACGUGGACUUUGCGGAGCCGGCAGGCCUGCAGCAGGCUAUGGCCGCUAGUCCCGUGUCUGUCGCGCAGAGCCAAGUGGUAGUAUUGGAGCGCAAGGCCAAUCCGAGUGAGAAAGCGCGGAAGCCUAACCCACCGGCCGGAGGGAAUAAAGCGAAGACGGGGAAUGCAGAGGGCAACGGGGCGGCAUCAUCCAGGGGCUCGCGUGGUGGUCGGGGAGGUCGGAACAAAGGAUCCAAAGGAGGACCGAGUAGUGAGAGACCGAGUGAGAAGACGAGCGAGACUUGA